AUGUUUUUUUGCGCCUGUGAAAAACCUAUAUCAACGGCUUCCCAUUCUCCGGUUUCUGGUCAUCUUGUCGACAUCUUAGCAACAAGAACAUCCACGGCCAUGGCUCUCACAGAGCUUCUCGGGGCUGUCCCGUUGGUCUCCAGCGGAAUGCCCAAGUUCCAAGUUGCCGCCAUCUACCUCGUCCUUGGCUUCAUUUCUUGGUACACCAUCUCAUCCAUCACGGCUUGGUACCGUCUCAAGGACUUCCCAGGCCCUCCCACCACCGGAUUUUCCAACCUUUGGGCUGCUAGGGCUGUGUGGACCGGCAAAUCUUGGAAGAUCUUUCCCGAGGCUCAAGAGAAGCACGGCCCAAUUACUCGCAUCGGGCCCAACGCUCUCAUGGUCCGUGAUCCUGCUACCGUUGUCAACAUCAAUGGCGUACGUGGGGGUUACCAUCGGCCAAAGGACUUUUACGACUGCAUUCGAAUGGACCCGUGGGAUCACACAGUCCUCUCAGAGACCGACUCAGCUGUCCACAACGACCGCAAAACAAAAAUUUACGGAGGCUACAAUGGUAGGGGCGAAAUGGACAUGGAGAAGGAUGUGAACAUGGUCGUGUCCGAUGCGGUUGAGCUUAUUCGCACCAAGUACAUGCACUCUGCCACUUCUGGACCCAAGCCUCCCUUGGACUAUUGCCGCACCGCUCGACUCAUCGCCGUUGACUCAGUCACGCAAACCGGUUUCGGCAAAGCUUGGGGCGAUGUCCGCGAAGAGAAGGAUCACUACGGCUGGCUCGCCUUCGUGGAUCAAAUGUUCCGGUAUUUGCACACAUUUGCUUAUAUCCCCGCGCUCAGCAAGAUCGUGGCAUCGAAGCCCGUGAUGAUCUUGUUUGGUCCGAAGCCAACAGACAACACUGGUAUGGGUCAAUUCCUUGGUCUCAUUGAGCGGGAGGUCGCGAAACGCUACAAAAAUGGUGAAGCAAAGGGUGAGCCCAUCAAGUCCGACACUGGCCGUUCAUGCAUGCUUGAUGAAUGGGUCAAGAACGGCAUCUCACAAAGAAUGGCUGCACUCGAAGUCUCCGCCCAGCUCCCCGCCGGCUCCGACACCACCGCCACCGCCCUUCAAGGUACCAUGCUCUACCUCCUCUCCAACCCCACCGCCUACUCUCGCCUCAAGUCCGAGAUAGCCACCGGCAUCCGCGAAGGCCGCAUCUCCUCUCCCAUUACGGACAAGGAAGCCCGCCAGUUGCCGUAUCUCCAAGCCGUCCUAAACGAAGGCAUCCGCAUGGUCCCUCCCGUCAUGAAUGGCUUCCCCCGUCAGGUGCCUCCUGAGGGAGACACUAUCUGCGGCCGGUUCAUUCCCGGAGGCACAGAUAUCUUUGUCGACUAUGUGGGCAUGCUGAAGGAUAAGAGCGUGUUUGGCGAGGAUGCGCACAUGUUCAGACCGGAAAGGUACCUGGAGGGUACCAAAGAGCACAGGGAUCGGUUGUUCAAGACGACAGAUUUGGCCUUCUCCCAUGGGAAGUGGAAGUGCUUGGGUCAGAAGCUGGCUUGGUUGCAGUUGCAAAAAGUUACUGUUGAGUUCAUGAGGAACUUUGAUUUGCAGAUUGUUGAUCCAAUGAAUCCCUGUAGAAUCAGGUGCUUCUGCACCCCGGAGUUGGACGACUUGAUGGUGAGGGUUACGGAGGCAAAGCUAGAGUAG